GUCACUACAGAAUGUAUAAAGUAUUUCUCACUAAUUUCGCUUCGUUAGUGAACUUGUAGCUCAGUAAAAGUGUACCUCUGGCGUGGAUCAGUACUAUAAAAAAAAUUACUGAGUAGCGAAGAGCAUCGCUACACUACAAGUGUCUGGAAUAAAGUAAAGUAAAGUACAGUACAGUAGCGUAUGUUUGGGGCUAGAUUUGAUCCUACGUCGUUUGACGAGGGACCUGUGAAUGGUAAGAAAGAGCCCAUACUUAUACGAAAAAGAAGGUUGAGUAAUACCAGUGAGGAUGAAGAAGAUAUAGAGAAAGAGUCUAGUGAAGAAGAAGUGAGUGAAGAAGAUCUGAGUGAAGAAGAUCUGAGUGACAGUGAGAGUGGAAGUGAUAGUGAUAGUGAUAGUGAGAGUGAGAGUGAUAGUGAAAGUGAGAGUGACAGAGAAGUUGUCGAGGAAGAUCAGGAAGAUCUCACCCAAGACAUGGAGGUAGACACCCCCGAUCCAGACUACCUCUCCAAACAUCUGGCCAUUUUCAAAAAGUUUGAAAAGUCUCUCCUGAAGCAACUUCCAAAGACUGACGAUAUAAGCAUAGAAGAUGAAGAAGAAAUACCCGAAGUUCAAGACUUGGCACCUUUACCCCAACCAGCAUUACCUAGAGAUAGAAGAUUAGUCUCUAAUACCAAUAACCUUAGUAACUUAAAUUGGUUGGCAACCCCCAUAUAUGUGUCACCACUGGAUACUAAAUCAUUUCAAGACUUUGACCUUUCACCAUUCAUGCAUCGAAACUUGGUAAAUUUAAACUUUACCCAAGCAUUUCUGGUACAAAUUGCUGUAUUAAACUUAUUAUUGAAAGAUAUUAAACAAAACAAAGUUCAACCUGAUUUUAAAGGAGACAUAUUAGUCAAUGCAUCGACGGGGUCUGGUAAAACUUUGGCCUAUCUGAUUCCAAUAAUUCAAGAUUUACAUUCAAGAAUUGUACCGAGAGUUAGGGCUAUAAUAUUAGUACCUACUAAACCAUUAAUUAAUCAAGUAAGAACAACUUUAAAUCAAUUAUCCAAGGGAACUAAUUUAUUAAUAACUAGUUUAAAAAAUGAUAUCUCUAUUCAGGAAGAAUCCAAUAAAUUAUUGACUGCUGUUCCUGAUAUAAUAAUCUCAACUCCAGGUAGAUUAGUUGAACAUAUAACCAAUAACUCAAUUAAUUUACUGGCUUUACAAUACUUAGUAAUUGAUGAAGCCGAUAGAUUAUUGAACCAAUCCUUUCAAAAUUGGUGUGAUAUCUUAAUGGAAAAGAUUGAUAAUAGUAUAGAUAUUUCCAAAACAUGGAAAUUAAGAGUUAAGAAAUUAAUCUUUUCUGCUACUUUAACAACAGAUGCUGGGAAAUUAGCUCCAUUAAAAUUUCAAAGUCCAAGAUUGGUAAUUGUUAAUGAUGAAGAGAAGUUGGUCAAUGAGUUAUAUACUGUUCCUCCAACUUUAAAAGAAUUCACAUUAAAGUUUGGAUCAGCCAAAUCUUCGUUAAAACCUUUGAUAUUAUCGAAAUAUUUGAUCCAACAAGGAAAGUUAGCCAAUGUAUUAAUCUUUACCAAGUCUAAUGAUUCAUCCUUAAGAUUGGCUAAAUUAUUACAACUAUUAUUCGAUAAACUUGUCUUAUCAUCAAAGAUUGAAAUUGCCUAUAUAAACUCAACUAAUAAUAAGACUUUGAUAAGAACUAAAGUUCUUAAAGAAUUCAGUCAGCAAAAGAUUCAUAUAUUAAUUGCUACUGAUUUAAUUGCUAGAGGUAUAGAUAUAUUAUCUAUUUCUGAUGUGAUAAACUAUGACUUACCUAAUUCAUCUAGAGAGUAUGUUCAUAGAGUAGGUAGAACUGCGCGUGCUCAACAAGAUGGUAAUGGUUAUAACUUGUUAUUUGGUAAGGGAGAAACAAAGUGGUUUAAUAAAUUGAUGAAUGAUAUCGGAAGAGAUCAUCCGAUUGAAGAUGUUGAAAUCGAUUCAAAGGAUAUCGUAUCAGCCGAUGAUGAAGCCAUUUACGAAACCUGCUUGCAUGAGUUACAAAAACAAGUCCAUAGUUAAGUAUAGUAUAGUAAAUUAAAAAUAAUAUUGUACACAUAAUAAAAUAUAAUUAGUAUUUAAAAAAGUACUGCAAAAUAGUGCGGCAAAAA